CAGGAGCAGGAGCAGGGCCAUGCCCGAGCCACCCCCCAGAACAGCCUGAGCCUAUAUCCCUGCCACCACGACCCAUCCGGGCGCUCCCCCAGGGGCCUGACACAACCACCAUGGGCAGCAAGGAGCGCUUCCACUGGCAGAGCCACAACGUGAAGCAGAGCGGCGUGGACGACAUGGUGCUGCUGCCCCAGAUCACCGAGGACGCCAUCGUGGGCAACCUCCGCAAGCGCUUCAUGGACGACUAUAUCUUUACCUACAUCGGCUCUGUGCUCAUCUCCGUAAACCCCUUCAAGCAGAUGCCUUACUUCACUGACCGAGAGAUCGACCUCUACCAGGGCGCGGCCCAGUACGAGAAUCCCCCACACAUCUACGCCCUCACAGACAACAUGUACCGGAACAUGCUCAUCGACUGUGAGAACCAGUGUGUCAUCAUCAGUGGAGAGAGUGGAGCUGGGAAGACAGUGGCAGCCAAAUACAUCAUGGGCUACAUCUCCAAGGUGUCUGGUGGAGGCGAGAAGGUCCAGCACGUGAAGGAUAUCAUCCUGCAAUCAAACCCACUGCUGGAGGCCUUCGGCAAUGCCAAGACCGUGCGCAACAACAAUUCCAGCCGCUUUGGCAAGUACUUUGAGAUCCAGUUCAGCCGCGGCGGGGAGCCAGAUGGGGGCAAGAUCUCCAACUUCCUGCUGGAGAAAUCCCGAGUGGUCAUGCAGAAUGAAAACGAGAGGAACUUCCACAUCUACUACCAGCUGCUGGAAGGAGCCUCCCAGGAGCAGCGGCAGAACCUGGGGCUCAUGACCCCCGACUACUAUUACUACCUCCAAUCGGACACCUACAAGGUGGAUGGCACGGAUGACCAGAGCGACUUCAGCGAGACUUUGAACGCCAUGCAGGUCAUCGGGAUCCCCCCCAAUGUCCAGCAGCUGGUCCUGCAGCUUGUGGCGGGAAUCCUGCACUUGGGAAACAUCAGCUUCUGCGAAGAUGGGAAUUACGCCCGGGUGGAGAGUGUGGACCUGCUGGCCUUCCCCGCCUACCUGCUGGGCAUCGACAGCACACGGCUGCAGGAGAAGCUCACCAGCCGCAAGAUGGACAGUCGCUGGGGCGGACGCAGCGAGUCCAUCGAUGUGACCCUCAACGUGGAACAGGCGGCCUACACCCGCGAUGCCCUGGCCAAGGGGCUCUACGCCCGCCUCUUUGACUUUCUCGUGGAGGCCAUCAACCGUGCCAUGCAGAAGCCCCAGGAGGAGUACAGUAUUGGUGUGCUUGACAUUUAUGGCUUUGAGAUCUUCCAGAAAAACGGCUUUGAGCAGUUCUGCAUCAACUUUGUCAACGAGAAGCUGCAGCAGAUCUUCAUCGAGCUCACCCUGAAAGCUGAGCAGGAGGAGUAUGUACAGGAGGGCAUCCGCUGGACCCCCAUCCAGUACUUCAACAACAAAAUCGUCUGUGACCUCAUUGAAAACAAGCUGAGCCCCCCAGGUAUCAUGAGCGUCCUGGAUGAUGUGUGUGCCACCAUGCAUGCCACGGGCGGCGGCGCUGACCAGACCCUGCUGCAGAAGCUGCAGGCGGCAGUGGGCACCCAUGAGCACUUCAACAGCUGGAGCUCUGGCUUUGUCAUCCACCACUACGCUGGCAAGGUCUCCUACGACGUUAACGGAUUCUGUGAGAGGAACCGGGACGUUCUCUUCUCUGACCUCAUAGAGCUGAUGCAGACCAGUGAGCAGGCCUUCCUCCGGAUGCUCUUCCCUGAGAAGCUGGAUGUAGACAAGAAGGGCCGCCCCAGCACCGCUGGCUCCAAGAUCAAAAAACAAGCCAAUGACCUGGUGGCCACGCUGAAGAGAUGUACACCCCACUAUAUCCGCUGCAUCAAACCCAAUGAGACCAAGAAGCCCCGUGACUGGGAAGAGAGCAGGGUCAAGCACCAGGUAGAGUAUCUGGGCCUCAAGGAAAACAUCAGGGUGCGCCGUGCUGGCUUCGCCUACCGCCGCCAGUUCUCCAAGUUCCUGCAGAGGUACGCCAUCCUGACCCCUGAGACGUGGCCACAGUGGCGAGGGGACGAGCGCCAAGGGGUCCAGCACCUGCUUCGGGCAGUCAACAUGGAGCCAGACCAGUACCAGAUGGGGAGCACCAAGGUCUUCGUCAAGAACCCCGAGUCCCUCUUCCUUCUGGAGGAGAUGCGAGAGCGCAAGUUCGAUGGCUUUGCCCGCACCAUCCAGAAGGCCUGGAGGCGCCACGUGGCGGUCCGGAAGUAUGAGGAGAUGCGGGAGGAAGCUUCCAACAUCCUGCUGAACAAGAAGGAGCGGAGACGCAACAGCAUCAAUCGGAACUUCGUCGGGGACUACCUGGGGCUGGAGGAGCGACCAGAGCUGCGUCAGUUCCUGGGCAAGAGGGAACGUGUGGACUUCGCUGACUCGGUCACCAAGUACGACCGCCGCUUCAAGCCCAUCAAGAGGGACUUGAUCCUGACGCCCAAGUGUGUGUAUAUGAUCGGCCGGGAGAAGGUGAAGAAGGGACCAGAGAAGGGCCAGGUGCGUGAGAUCCUGAAGAAGAAGCUGGAGAUCCAGACCCUUCGGGGAGUUUCCCUCAGCACGCGGCAGGACGACUUCUUCAUCCUCCAAGAAGACGCCGCCGACAGCUUCCUGGAGAGCAUCUUCAAGACCGAGUUCAUCAGCCUCCUGAGCAAGCGCUUCGAGGAGGUGGCGCGGAGGGCCCUGCCCCUCACCUUCAGCGACACACUACAGUUCCGGGUGAAGAAGGAGGGCUGGGGCGGAGGCGGCACCCGCAGCGUCACUUUCUCCCGCGGCUCCGGCGACUUGGCGGUGCUCAAGGCGAGCGGCCGGGCGCUCACAGUCAGCGUGGGCGACGGGCUGCCCAAGAGCUCCAAGCCUACAAGGAAGGGAAUGGCCCAGGGAAAACCUCGAAGAUCAGCCCAGGCCCCUGCCCGGGCAGCCCCUGGACCUCCCAGAGGCCUGAACCACAAUGGGGUGCCCCCUUCUGGCAGAAGGGGGCCCCUGCCCCUGGAGAUCACAUCUGGAGGGGGCUCCCAGCAGCCUCUCCGAGGCCCUCCAUCCGGGGCCCUGAGGGCCAGCAGACGGCCCCGGGCACGGCCCCCCUCAGAGCACAACACAGAAUUCCUCAAUGUGCCUGACCAGGGUGUGGCCGGCAUGCAGAGGAAGCGCAGCGUGGGGCAGCGACCGGUGCCAGGCGUGGGCCGACCCAAGCCCCAGCCUCGGACGCACGGCCCGCGGUGCCGGGCGCUGUACCAGUAUGUGGGCCAAGAUGUGGACGAGCUGAGCUUCAAUGUGAACGAGGUCAUCGAGAUCAUCUUGGAAGAUGCCUCGGGCUGGUGGAAAGGCCGGCUGCAUGGCCAGGAGGGCCUCUUCCCAGGAAACUACGUGGAGAAGAUCUGAGAGGGGGCCCGGGUUCACCUCCUGCCUGCCUGCCUGCCAGGUAGCCAGGCCCUGCCAGCGGGGGCCUCAUUCUCCUUGGCCGCAUUAGCCAGAAGGUCCAGUCCUGUGGCCUCCAGCCCAGGCCCUGGGUCUGGGGGUCACCACCGCAGCCACCCCAGGGCCCUGGCCUCCCCCAUGUCACAUGCGUUGCCUCCUGUGUCAAACAGGGCGAACAGCAGAAUCUACCUCCCAAGCUGCCUCAUGAGUAUAAUUGAGUUGUGUCUUGUCUGCAAAGUGCCAAGCACAGUUGGGGGCACCUUAACAAGUGAGACCUCCCUCCUUCUGUCAUCACUGAGGCAGUAAACCUUCGCCAGGCGAAAGCCUGAAUCGAUUUACUGAGCGCUAAGCAGGGAACUACCUUCUCACAACGCUCUGAGGGAGGAGCAGCAAAUACCCCAACACAGGUGAAAAACCGAGGGCUGAAGUUUUGUCACUUGCCCAAGAUCCCACAGAGCCAAGCCUUGAACUCGUGUAUACCCCCACCCCACCUGUCCCAAAGCUGGAGUUUGUCUCACCUGCUGGCUCACCCACUCUUGACCACUUGUGUCCCAGCCUUCCUUCCUGCAGAAAAUAGUCUGGUGGGUCCUGUCAGCUUUGAAUCUGCCAUCCCCAGACCCAUCUGGGACCUGGCUGGACCCUGAGGAAAGAGGCAGGUCCCACAUGGGCCUUCACAAUCCAGCCUGGGCCACCCCUGGCCCUUGUCCCCCACCCCACAUCUGGGUCUUCUGGGCUCUCCCUCAUCUGGGCUCAGGAUCGGUUCUGAUAUUCAAGGGCCCUGGGUUUCUGUACCUGUUUCAUGGGUUUAGGGGGUCAGUCUGACGACAGGUCUCCCCAGAUGUUUCCAAGCCAGCGAUGGAGUCUGAAGCUUUCAUAUAUCCCUGAAAAUGCAGUCAGAACUGCCAGGGGUUCUUGCCAUGGUCUGAGCCUAAAUAUCCCGACUUUCCAAAUGGAUACCCACUCCGUGCUCAGACCCUCAAAGAGCAGCAGGUCUGGGAGAGAGUGGGAGCCAGACCACGGGUGGGCCAGAGAAGGACAAGGGGCUGGGGCAGGGGAUGCAGAGAGAGAGAGUGGGCAUUGCUGGAAGACCCAAGAAGGAAGGAAAGGGGUGGGGUCAGCAGAUCUCGAGGGCAAACAGCACAUACAGAGAGCUAGGCGUGACAGGAGGACUCCGGCAGGGCAGCCCCAGUGGUGCAGCGGUUUGGCGCCACCUGCAGCCCGGGGUGUGAUCCUGGAGACCUGGGAUCAAGUCCCAUGUCGGGCUCCCUGCAUGGAGCCUGCUUCUCCCUCUGCCUCUCUCUCUCUCUCUCUUUGUAUGUCUAUGAAUAAAUAAAUAAAAUCUUAAAAAAAAAAAAAAAGGAGAACUCCAGGCAGAGGACAGGAGGUAUAAGAGAAAGACUGGCAGCAGAACCUUCUGCAGGAUCUGAACCUUCUUCUGUACCUACCUUGGGAAGCAGAGCACGGCCAGGGAGUAAAAAAAAAAAAAUCCCAAGGUUGCAUAUGGGUCUCAACAGCUCUUUUAUUAGCCAAUCAUUGUACAAAAGCAUCUAACCAGUCCCUUGGAUGUUCCUGGCUUCCUCCAUCUCUGAUUUUCACCCCUUGGUUGCCCAACCACCACUGUGUGUGUGUGUGUGUGUGUGUGUAUGUGUGUGUGUGUCUCCACAACACUUAGAUGUUAGGACAGGCUGGGGAGGAA